UUCAGGGCUUGUGUUUUGACGUAAAGAUCAGGUGACUAGAACUUCUGACGGUACUUUUAUAAGGGAAGUUUGAGGAGUUCAGCUCACUUUUUCCUCCGGAUCCCCAACUUGGAAAGGAAGUUUUACCGUCGGUGAGGAAAGUCCCGCUGGGCUGCCUUCUGUAAGCCUGCAGCUCCCACUCCUGAAGAAUGGGUGAUUGGAGUGCUCUGGGUCGUCUUCUGGACAAGGUUCAGGCCUACUCCACAGCUGGGGGGAAGGUCUGGCUGUCGGUACUCUUCAUCUUCCGGAUCCUGGUGUUGGGUACUGCUGUGGAAUCAGCCUGGGGAGAUGAACAGUCUGCCUUUAAAUGUAACACCCAGCAACCUGGUUGUGAAAAUGUUUGCUACGACAAAUCUUUCCCCAUAUCUCAUGUUCGCUUCUGGGUCCUCCAGAUUAUCUUUGUCUCAACACCCACGCUCCUGUACCUGGCUCAUGUUUUCUAUCUGCACAGGAAAGAGCAGAAACUCAACAGAAAGGAGGAGGAGCUUAAAGUGGUACAAAAUGAUGGCGGUGAUGUUGACAUCCCACUGAAGAAAAUUGAGAUGAAAAAGAUGAAGUAUGGCAUCGAAGAGCAUGGCAAAGUUAAGAUGAAGGGUGCCCUACUUAGAACCUACAUAGUCAGCAUUUUUUUCAAAUCUUUGUUUGAGGUGGGUUUCUUGGUUAUCCAGUGGUAUAUGUACGGCUUCACGUUGUCUGCAGUUUACACUUGUGAGAGGUCUCCAUGCCCCCACAGGGUGGACUGUUUUCUGUCCCGUCCAACGGAGAAGACCGUUUUCAUCAUCUUCAUGCUGGUCGUCUCUCUGGUUUCUCUGUUACUUAAUAUCAUUGAGCUUUUUUAUGUUUUUUUUAAGAGAAUUAAGGAUCGUGUUAAGGGAAAACAGCAGCCUACACUCUAUGCCAGUGGAGGAACUUUGAGCCCUACCCCUAAAGAACUGUCUACAACAAAGUAUGCUUACUAUAAUGGCUGCUCUUCUCCAACUGCUCCCCUUUCACCUUUGUGCCCCCCAGGUUACAAGCUGGCCACUGGGGAGCGGGGAACUGGUUCAUGUCGAAAUUAUAACAAACAGGCCAAUGAGCAGAACUGGGCAAAUUACUCUACAGAGCAGAACCGGCUUGGCCAACAUGGUGCGGGAAGCACCAUUUCAAACUCCCAUGUGCAAGCCUUUGACUUUCCUGAUGAUACACAUGAGCAAAAGAAACUUCCCUCACCAGCAGGACAUGAUGUCCAACCCCUGGCUUUAAUUGAUGCCAGGCCUUGUAGCCGUGCCAGCAGCAGGAUGAGCAGAGCAAGGCCAGAUGACCUGGACGUGUAAACCAAGGUUUUGCCUCUUCAAUGUCUGUCCAGCUGACAAAGUUACUCUGCAGGCAGAAGAUCAGGCAAGGAUUGAUAGCGUAUUCAUUUGAAGGCUGGGACUAACCUCAGUCACAGUACUUAGCAUAGACACUCCUUCUGAGAAAUAAUAAACUUCAAUGAAAUUUUAAUAUUUUUGUAACACUUUUUAAAAGGUACAGGUUGCAUAUAUUUUGUCUCUGAAUAUUGCUGUAACUUUUCAUAAAAUAAAAUAAAAAGAUUAAGAAAAUUUCAAGAGUCUAAAUCAGGCUCACAUUAAACCAAUCAAAGCCUAAUUUUCAAGUCACAGGCAAAUUUUAAACUCUACUGACAAAAGCUCCAGAGUGUAGGCAAAAUGGCUUUUGUAACAAUAGCAGUGUGAAUGUUUAAUACUUGUGAUUUAUUAGACUCACUGACAUGUCCCAGGCUCUAACCAAAUAUCUAGUGUGUCAGACAUUUCUAAGUAGUUAAUGAAGAAGGAGCUUGUAGGGUGGGGUCUUUAAGCUUCCACAGCUUAGAUGAAAGGAAAUGAAAGGAAAAAAUGCAACCACAACAAACAUGAGAAAUAGGAGGAAUGUGUCAUUUGCUUGGAGGCAGGAGUACUGAUGCUUCUCUGAUAUUUUCAGAUGGCACAGCAUUGUAAAAACACUGUACCUUACACACAUUGAAUAUAGGAUGUGCACUACCAGGUUCGGUAGUUUACACAGGGGAACAUCCAGAUAGCUCAGAACAUGGUGUUAUGUGAUGUUUUUUAAACAGUUGCUGAUAGUUACAAAUACAAAGAAACGGUGAGGUGACACGUGCUUCUCUGCAUUUGGUUGGUUAUUAGUGUUCUGUUUUCGGUAAGAACGUUCCCAUACUUUGAUACAUGGCAUUUACACCAUUGUGCUAAAGCAAGUGAGUGGAACAUGUUAGUAAAGAAAUUAGUAGGUAGAUGGUAAGGAUGAUAUCAUGAAGCCAUUCUUACAGAGGUGUUAUUGCCUACCUACGCAGAGAUGUUCUCAUGCUUUGCCUUUUAACUUCAUCAUCCAAUGGAUAUCUUCUAUUGCUGUACUGUGAUGGUAUCCGCAUUCAGAACUAAAACUUAGUUAGUCUUUGUCUCCUGCUCACAAAGAAAACAUGAGUGUUUGGAUUGUGCUUGGGGUAUGUUGUCUUAGCAGUAGUGCUGCGAUGUUCAGGAGAAGAAAAGAAAAAGCAAAACGCCUUCCUUUGCCCUGUAUCAUCUUCUCAAAACAACACUCCACCAAUUCCAAACAGCGGUGUUUAUUGAGAAUAAAAACUUUUUUCGUUUGUUUUACUUCCAACAUUCUCCUUCACCAGAUAUUAACUCCUAAAAAAACUUUGAAUAUUAUAGUAUUUCAUGUUUUCAGACAUGUUUCAUAUGUCUCUUGUUUUUGGGGGUUGGGGAUGAAAGUGGCAGGAAUUACAAACAUAAUGUUGCUUGUGGGUUCCUGAAAGAAAGGCUUUAUUAGACUUUAUUAUCAUCGGUAAUUUAAUGAGCAGCGUUCUUAUUCUUUUUUUUCAUUACUUUGUCGGUAGUAUUUAAAAAUGUGUUUUAGAUACUAAAUGAAUGUUUUUUUCCUUGUUUAACUCAUUGCUGCUUGAGUAAUAGACAUGUAGUACUGUACAUCAAGCUAACUGUAUCAUAUUAAAAAUGUGAAUUUUUUUGAAGACUGGUCAUAGAUCUGGGCUAAUAUUUAAACUUACCUUAAAUCCAAAUCUAUUUUUUAGUUUUGCAGCUGUUAAACACUAGAGGAGCCUAUAUUUGUGGACAUUUUUGCAAUUUAGUCUCAUUAAUUUUAUGUCAGUUUAUAAUUUUGUCGGUACUGACAAGGAUCUUUUCAGCUACAAAGGCAUUUGCACUGAGAUUUUGCUGUUAAAAGAUGUAACUUGAUGCAACAUGUAUGUGGUGAGUUUUCUGAUAAAUAUAUUACUAAUUUAUUCUAGAACGCAAAGCUCAACUCAAUGUAACAGAUAACUGACCAAUUUUAAGGAAUUGAUUUGCGAGAAAUGUUUUCCACUUUGACUGAAUAAAAGCAAACAUUUGCAGCGUUUCAGACAUGUUUACCCAGGGGAUCUGCUAUUUUACAACGUAAAAGUGAUAAUGGAAUAAUGCAAUUUAUUAACUGCAUCUGUGAAUUGCUAUCUUAAUCAAUAAAUGUUUUCAGUCCUCA